AUGGCAUGUUGUUACAUUGCAGCAUUUUGUAUCAACCAUUUGAUUAAAGCAUGUCAAUUCUUGGAUAUCGGCGAUAAUAUUAAGUAUAACGAAGACAAGGCGACACUUGGGCCAGACGCGCCCGAUCCAGGCCUCGAAAUAAAACUACAGGCCGGCGCGGCAUCUGGGUCAUCGCUUACCCUGUCACUGGGAGGUCUCACCUGCUCAUCCUGCACCAGCGCGGUUGAAGAAGCACUACUGGCACUACCCAGUGUUGCCAAAGUUAGAGUAUCAUUGACUCUUCAGCAGGCAACUGUGAUAGGCAACAGCAACAAGGAUCUAAAUGAAGAUCUUAUACUUCAAAGUAUCCGCAGUAUCGGCUAUGAUGCUCAACCCGGCCCUCGAUCUCCACGAGAGAUAGUUGAGCUUCUUCAAUAUCGAGACAAAACGGAUCAUCUUGGGUCUACAUUGUCUCACAUUGGCCGCUGUGCUACGCUGCUCCAGGCAUUAACCUUUUGCCUCUAUCUUCUGCCUGGACGAUCAACCCUUGUUCAAUGCUUGAGGUGGUGUCUACACACCGCAUCCAUUAUCGUCAUACUAUACGUACAAUUUAUUCCGGUAUACUGGAUUCACCAGGAUGGUUGGAAAUGGUUACGAGGUGGCCGUAUGAAUAUGAACACUUUGACUUCGCUGUCAAUGGGCCUCGGAUCACUUCUCCCAUGCAUGGAUUGGCUUGCGAGGAAGUAUGUGGACAUCCUGUCUCGACGUGCGGCAUCGAAAGACCUGGCUCAGAUUUACAAGCCCAUCCUGGAGACUGACUUUGCAUUGCUGCAUCCAACGAUGGAGAGGGUACCAACCUCAUAUCUUAGGCCGGCUGAUAAGAUUUUGGUCGAACCACACUCGGUCAUUCCCUGCGACUCCUACGUGCUUGAAGGUUCCUCUCUUAUUGGACAGUCGAUUGUUACUGGAGAAUCUCUUCCUGUGAAGAAACAUGUAGGCGAUUAUCUACUUGGGGGAACUAGGAACUUGACCAGUCCCCUGGUAUGCGUUGUUCAGAGAGAGAAAGGAUCUUCAUUCUACACCAAGCUGGUGCAAAGUGCCGCAGAAUCCAGCUCCGAGUCUACUGAGAACCAUAGGCUACUCAACACCAUCACGAGGCAUUUCGUUGCAGUCGUAAUAGGCCUAUCCUUCACAAUACCUUUGAUCAAACUGUAUCCCCUCAUUGGUAACGUGUCAAUGUACGACAUCUUUUAUCAAUGGGUGUCGCAAACGGUCACGAUUCUUACGAGCGCGUGCCCUUGUGCCGUAAACCUCGCAAUACCUUCAGCCGUGGUUGCUGCCGUUGUCACCGCUUGUCGGCAAGGAAUUAUCGUUACCGGAGGUAUAAACACUAUUGAAAAGCUCGAGAUGUCUCAGAAGGUUGUAUUUGAUAAAACUGGUACACUGACACAAGCCAAGCUUCAUGUGGAAAACUUCCAUUAUUUGCCCGAAUGGGUGAAUCAAGGAAGCAUCCUUUGGGAGUAUGCCUGCACGGUAGAGAGUCAAGUAAUCAACCAGCAUCCUAUUGCCCGAGCCAUCUUUAGUUCUGGAUUGCGAAAGCUCGGACCAGCAUGGACAGAAAACCAGCAUCUUCGCAGAUAUCGCAACUUGGUAUGCGAUUCUGGCCAAGGUAUUAUGGGUGAGGUCCAGUUAGGGAAACAUCCCUGGAGGAAUAUUGUUAUGGGAAACUCUCGGUAUCUCAUGGACACCGGAGUUACUGACGUCCCGGAAAAGCUCGCCAUGGACAACACAGGCAUGAUUGUUGUUCAUAUGGGGAUUGACAUGGCAUACGCCGGCACAUUUCUUGUUUCUGACUCUAUCAGAGAUGAAGCGCACUAUGUGGUGCAGAGUCUUGUUGCAGCUGGUUACGAGUGUGGAAUGCUCACUGGAGACACCCAAGAAUCUGCCUCGCGCGUUUCCCAGAAGUUAGGCAUUCCCAUCAUCAAAGCACAAGCGCUGCCGGAUGAGAAACGAGAAUGUAUCCAAGCUUUACAGAGGUCUGGCGAUAUCGUGACCAUGGUUGGAGAUGGGCUCAAUGAUGCUCCAUCUCUUUCUGCGGCUGGAGUAGGUAUCGGCCUCCAGAAGGAUACGACCAUCAGUACUAUUGGUGGUGCCGUCAUUAUCGUGAACUCAAGCCUCCAGUCUGUCCUUGAGCUGUACAACAUAGCCAAGAUGACUAUGAGUCAAGUCCGAUUCAACCUCUCCUGGAUUUUAGCCUACAAUAUUGUCUCAUUGAGUCUAUCUACUGGACUGUUCGCUCCCUUCAACAUGUCAUUGUCGCCGUCUGCUGCUGCGUUGAUGAUGUCAUUCUCAUCUGUAUUUAUGACGCUAGGAUGCUUUCGACUACGAAAACGGCUUGAAGGUGUCGUGAACUCGCGCAACAAAGGCACACCGGUAGACUAA